AUGUCUGCAUACGGACAGCAUUAUUACCAUAGUUAUUAUCCGUACCAUUAUUCAGAUUAUAAUCGAUAUCAGAAUUAUCAAGCAAAUGAUAGGGAACAUUUUCGACGGCAACCGCACACUCCGUCUUACUAUUCAGCACAGGCAGCAUAUCAAACAUCCUUUUUUGCACAUCCCGGAUUUUUAUCAACUAACUUCAAUCAAUAUGGUAUACCUGGAUCAACAUUAGUACCUUCAUAUCCAUAUGAUAAUCGAUAUCGAGCGCAACAUACAUGGCCAUAUUUACAUCAAAGAAAUCAUCAUCAAUGGGGAGCUCAAGACAGCGCUUUUCCGUUAACAACCUAUUCGAGACCAUAUCCUUCGGGUUAUAACUCUGGUCCAGUUUAUCAAUUUGAACGAGAAGUACGUUAUUUCCCUUAUCCAGUCUAUAUCAAUCAAGGCAUCUCAAGUUUUAGCUCGGGUAGAAGUCGAAGAUAUCCCGCCUUAUCACGUUUUCCAUAUAAUCCAUCCAAUAUUUCCAACUAUGCCAACUAUUCUCAUCUCAAUCCACUGCCACCAAAGAUUCGAGUCAUUUUCAUUCCACCAGCUACAUCACUUCCACAACAACAACAACAACAACAACUAUACAACUUGACACCAUGCAUACCACCAUUCUUGUUCAAUCGCAUAUCUCAACCUCAAUGUUCGCUUCCUUUGCCACCACCAUUACCACAAUUAUCAUCAUUACCAUUAUCACCUGCUGUUCAACAAAUGGUUAUGCAGCAGUAUUCAAAUCCGGUAGCAAUUCUUCCAUUCGCAUCAAAUUAUUUCACUGCACCAGCGGCUCCACAGCAACCGCUAUCGAUAAUGCCAACACCAGCUUUACCAACACCACAAUAUGCUCUACAGCCUUCGACCGUUCCUGUUCCUCCACCAUCUAGCAUCCCCAUGCCGCUAUCGAAUCCCGCUGCUCCAUACGCCUAUGCUAACCCGGAUGUAUCUGCAUCGCAACCUACGAGUAGUUAUUAUCCAAGCACCUGUCGUGCAUGCGUUCCAGCGCCACCUCCACUCACUGUUCCAGUCACAGGUCAUUGUUGGGUGCAACACUGCUCAGCAUGUCAUCACGUUCCGACUGAUGUUUCAAAUCCAAAUGAGCGACCACACAACCAUGGCCGAAUGACACCAUUGCUUCGUCAACCCACUGUGGAACAGUACAUAUACGAUGAGAGAAAUCAACAAUACUCUCAUCAGCAACAACAAUCACCACAGCAACAACAAUCACCGCAGCAACAUUAUCCUCAUAUCAAUCCACAAGCAAAACAAAAUUCGUGGUCAAAUAACUUACCUCCACUUCCGCCAGGUGCAGUGAUUAUUUCGGAUGAAUACAUUACAAAAGAUGGCUUGGCCCAAGCACAAGAUCAUACACAAACAUACCGAACCGAUCAAUCACGUGUAGUAAAGUCACGGCCACGAUCGGGAACGUCAUCAAUAUAUAAUACUAAUAACACAGUAGUCGGUGAUUCUCAAGUACAAAGUUUCACUCAUCGAAAGUCCUCCAGUUCUGAAACAUCGAACAAAGCUCGGUCUAAAUUGAAAACGUCGCCACUGCAUUCGUACGUUUCGAAAAGUCGGCAAUCCGUCGGUUCAUCUAUCGUGUCAGUACCUAAACAAUCGACUAAUUCCACUGAUCUUCACGCUGCGAACUAUGCAUCAGAAAAGGAUCGAAGUCUGGCAAGAAGACAUCUGUCCGCCAUGUCACGGAUGAUCAAUCUCCGUUAUCAACAUCGAAUUCCUGAUAUACAAGCCAUCUAUCAUUCUAACGAUCAAGAAAAGUCAAGCGACGAAGAUUCAAGGUCAAUUACAAAUUCUAUUAUAAAGUCAAGUUCUGAUCAUCAGAAAAGAGCAAAUCUUGACAGUCAAUCGCAAACCGUUUCUUUCGCUUCGCAAUGUAAUGACGAUGACAACAAAUCGAUUCAGAGCCAACGGCUAGUUUCAUCUCAAUCAGAACAGUGUAAAAGUCUCGCUGAACAAACCUUAAUGGCAGCGAGUACUAAUUCGUUGAAUGCAACUUCAGUGAAUACUACUGAAGAUCAUGGUAUAUCCUCCCCGACUCCAACAACUCAAACGGAUAUUGAACCUACUUUUUCCUAG